AUGACCAUUGAAAAUGAAGAGAAUAUCAAAACCCAAUUGCAAAGGUUGAGUUCACCCUUGCCGGAUUAUGUUCCAACCGUUUCCGACAACUUCAGUGCAAAUGUAGUUGUUGAUGGUAGCACUUUCAAUUUUGGGCUGUGGGAUACUGCCGGUCAAGAGGAUUACAAUAGAUUAAGGCCCUUGAGCCAUCGUGGAGCGGAUGUUUUCCUUCUUGCUUUCUCACUCAUUAGCAAGGCCAGCUACGAAAACAUUGCAAAGAAGUGGAUUCCAGAAUUAAGGCAUUAUGCUCCGGGUGUUCCUAUAAUUCUUGUUGGGACAAAGCUUGUUUCGUUCGAGCAACCCCCGCACGGAGGCAAGGGAAGCUCCCUCCCGGCCUCAGUCAAGUCGAUGGAAGACCCUCGCCUACUUAAAUGCAGACGUUCUCCCUGA